UGGAGGAGGAAGGGAUUGAGUAAAAUCGCGAUCAGUCAAAAUGGGGAAAUACCUAAAGCAGUGGCGAGGAGUCUGAUCGUCUGCCUUACUGCCUGCGUCCUUGCCUUGCGCUGGAAACAGCAGAGGAAGAUGUGUGUUUUUAUGCUUGUGCAAAGCCGGUCUGUCUAACUACUGAACUGAAUACUGUCUAACUAUGUGCUGAAGUUGGAGAUCCUGACAAAAUGGGAGUACUUGUGUUCUCUGUGACUUGCAGUUUACUUCUAACUCUGGUGCGAGGGCACAGUUUAUUCACAUGUGAGCCGAUUACUAUUUCCAGAUGUUCAGGAAUGCCUUACAAUAUGACUUUUUUCCCAAACAUCAUGGGACACUAUGAUCAGGACACGGCUGCUCUCCAGAUGGAGCCUUUUCUUACGCUUAUGAAUCUUCACUGUUCACCAGACGUCCACACAUUUCUGUGCAAAGCCUUUGUCCCUGCCUGCCUGGAGCAAGUUCACGUGAUUCACCCUUGUCGAAGCCUCUGUCAGAAAGUGUAUUCUGACUGUAAGCAGCUGAUGGACACUUUUGGAAUCACAUGGCCUGAAGAGCUGGAAUGUGCCAGACUAGUCAAUUGUGAUGAGACUGUUCCUGCCACUGCUGCUGUAACCACAAACGUACAUGGAACUCAGAAGACCUCAGGCCAGACCCGAAGGGAUUAUGGAUUCUGGUGUCCACGACACCUACACACUACCAAUGGACAAGGCUACAAGUUUCUAGGAAUUGAUCAGUGUGCGCCCCCAUGUCCCAAUAUGUACUUCAAAAAUUAUGAAUUGGAUGUUGCAAAAAGCUUCAUUGGAAUAGUUUCAAUCUUUUGUCUUUGUGCUACGCUUUUCACAUUCCUGACUUUUCUGAUUGAUGUUAAAAGGUUUAGGUACCCAGAGAGGCCGAUCAUAUAUUACUCUGUCUGUUACAGCAUAGUUUCUCUCAUGUACUUUAUUGGAUUUUUACUUGGGAACAGAACUGCCUGUAACGAGGCAGAUGAUAAGUUAGAAAUUGGUGAAACAGUUGUUCUUGGCUCCCAAAACAAAGCCUGUACUGUCCUUUUCAUGGUUUUGUAUUUUUUCACUAUGGCAGGAACUAUAUGGUGGGUGAUUCUUACAAUCACUUGGUUCCUUGCAGCGGGAAGAAAAUGGAGCUGUGAAGCUAUUGCACAAAAGGCCAUGUGGUUCCACGCAGUUGCGUGGGGAAUACCUGGUUUUCUAACCAUUAUGCUUCUUGCAAUGAACAAAGUUGAAGGGGACAAUAUCAGUGGAGUUUGUUUUGUGGGUCUCUACGAUCUGGAUGCUUCUCUGUACUUCGUGCUUUUGCCGUUGUGCCUUUGUGUUUUUUUCGGUCUCUCUCUUCUUUUAGCUGGUAUUAUUUCUUUAAAUCAUGUGCGGCAAGUCAUACAGCAUGAUGGCAGAAACCAGGAGAAGCUAAAGAAAUUUAUGAUCCGAAUUGGAGUUUUUAGUGGUUUGUACUUGGUGCCACUUGUAGCACUUCUUGGAUGUUAUGUCUAUGAACUGGUGAACCGGAAAAUCUGGGAAACGACUUGGGUAUUUGACCACUGUGACCAGUACCAUAUUCCUUGUCCUUAUCAGGCAAAGGCACUAGCAAGACCAGAAAUAUUUUUGUUUCUGAUGAAAUAUUUGCUGACAUUAAUUGUUGGCAUAUCUCCAGUCUUCUGGGUGGGAAGUAAAAAGACCUGUUCUGAAUGGGCCAAUUUCUUCAACAGAAACCGCAAAAGAGAUCCAAUCAGUGAGAGUCGAAGAGUGCUGCAAGAAUCAUGCGAAUUUUUCUUGAGGCACAAUUCCAAAGUUAAACAUAAAAAGAAGCACUAUAAAUCAACUUCACACAGAUUGAAAGUCAUUUCGAAGUCAAUGGGGACUAGUACGGGUGGCACAACAAAUCAUGGAACUUCUGCAGUAGCAAUCACUAAUCAUGAUUACUUAAGCCAAGAAACUGUUGCAGAAAUUAAAACCUCUCCAGAGACAUCUGAGAAAGAGAUAGAGGCAGACGGAACAUCAGCCGGAAGAGUCGAGGAGGGUGACAACAGUGGAGAUCAAAUGUUAUCUAGUUCUAAACUGACCGUGGAUCAGGUGGAAAAAAGAAACAAAGCAGAUAGCACAUGUGAUAUGAGUAGCUUGGCUGAGAGCGUGAAGAGAGUAGGUGAAGGAAGAAUAACUCCUAAAAAUGAUUUUAUUGAAUCUCCUCCAUUACAAAGCAGCUGUUCCCAAACGCCUGAUGUCUCACAGUCAGCUUCCGUAUCACUACUCGUCUACUCGGCUUCAGACACCAGAAGAGAGUUGGAUUCAGGAAACAGUUCAAACCUUUGAAAGACUGACAUUUUGUAUGAACAUUUUCAAUCCAUAAAACUGAUAUGGAUUCUGUGUUACACUGGAAAUAACGGAUAUUCUGUGCCUUAUUAAAAAACACACAUACCUUGCUUUGCACUUAAAAAAUGUAAGUUUUGUUGUGGGGACAGCUAGCAAUAAUGUACUAUAUUUAAUCCUAUCCAGGAAUAAUGGAAAUUGAAGUUCUGUAGGACGCAGCUGGAUUGACUAGCAGUAAUUUAAGAAAAAGAUGAGAGAAACAAAUAUUAUUCCCAAUAUAAAGAACACUUUGUAAUGAAUUGCAUUAAAAUAAUGCUUAGAAAGCACUGUUACUUUUCAAGGCAUAAAAGUUCCAUCUGCAUCUUUGAUAUUUUUCAAAACUUGUUAAUUUUUUUCUCUUUUUUGCUGUGUCUUAAACAGCAGUAUCACUUAAAUAAGGGAUACACAAAUUUAUAAAUACUCUCUAAGUUAUGUGUCACGAUGUAUCAAUUAUAGCACUGCUUCAUGGUAGCUUGUACACUGAAUAUGAAAGGGAAUCUGGAAUUAUAGUGAUUUAUUUUGUACAUAAAAAUGAAUUUUGUAAAUAACUGACUGCAUGAGGUCAAUGUUUAGAACUACUGUUUUGUAUGUAUUGUACAAACUUGGUAAAGUUAACAUGCUUCCAUUAGGCUGUUACUAAAGUCAACAGUCCUGUGGUGAUCAGACAAUGUUACUUCGUUCUGAGUAAAGCAGGUUGUACCUUAUAUAUAACAUGCACCAUACACUGUGCAUUUGGGGCGAGACUGGUCAGACAUCUGUGCAUCCUGUUACAGGGAUAACGCGUUAGGUGCAGCACUGCUUCAGAAAAAUGCUGCUUGGAGCCCCUCCUGCUGUGGUGUUCCAGUGCAUCGUGCCAAAGAAGAAAACACUUCAGAUCCCUGGUGGCACGGGGGACGGAAUCUGAAGUAUACACUUCUGGGGUUUUUUACUGACCUGCAGCAAAAGUGUAUGUUUCACGUUGUUUCUAUGCAAGUAACUUAAUUUUUUAAAAUUCUGUAGAGAAAUAUCUUGCAGAAAAUAAACUGUUGAGUUAUUAAUAUACAGGUUUGUUUAACAAUAUAUUUACUUAAAAGAACACCUUAAUACCUUUUCUACAAAGCUUAAUUUUCUAUAUGCUACAGCAAUAUAUUUUCUUUAAAUCAAAAAGGCCUUAAUACAUGUAGCGUUUCUUAUGAUAGGGUGGUUCUCAAGAGCAAGUACUACUGAUGUGGAUAAGAAUUUCAUUGUUUGGCUCUUAAGAAAUCCUGGCUCCAGUGAAGUCGAUGCGAUUUAUUACUUGAGAUAAUUUGGAGCCAGGAUUUCACUGUUUUCUAAACCUAAAUGUUAAUGCGUUUUGUAAGACUGUUCAGCAUCUUGCAUUUGAUUACUGAUAAGAAUAUUUAUCAAUAUUUUGACAUUAUGCAGAGAAAUUACUGUGUUCCAAUUUGGGCAGCAUUCAUGGUGAUGCUUUGAACAAUCAAGCAAAAUUGCAUGAUACAAAGUUCAUGUAAAUGCUGAAUCAACAGGAACUACAGUUCUGAUAAACCAAAGUUAUUUGUUUUAUUCAUCGUGUAUUAAAAAUAGAGUGUAUUUACCUUUAUAUUACAGCAUCUGCAUUCUAGCAUUUGUAAUUUAUUGUCUUAAAUAGGACAUGCUAUUUCUUUUAUAAUUUCCCUAUUAAAAAUAUACAGAAUUCUUGUUGCUGAGAAGGGCAGUGAGAAAGAUCUGAAAAAUCUCCUGUGAAAAUGCACAUUAAGUACCCUUCAUUCUUGUAGUCAUGUUUGUAAACGGGUAACUUUAUAUACAUGUUCAGUAGUUCUGUUGUUAUGUCUUUGUUAGUAAUAAAAUACUGUUGUAUAGUAA